AUGCAAGAAGUUACGGAUACCCGCAAGUCCGUGCUGAUCACCGGGUGCUCACCCGGCGGUAUUGGGAACUCCCUUGCGCGAGAGUUCCAUCGAAAUGGAUUGCGCGUGCUGGCCACGGCCCGACAGGCCGCCAGCAUCGCCGACUUGGACGAGCUCGGCAUCGAGACCCUGAGCCUGGUGGUCGAUGAUGUGGAGAGCGUCAAGGCCUGUUUUGCCGAUGUUGAGGCAAGACUUGGGGACAAUGGACUGGACUACCUCGUGAACAAUGCCGGCCGAAAUUAUACGGUCCCUGCCAUGGAGGUGGAGUUGGAUGAGGCGCGCCUGACAUUUGAGACCAACCUCUUCUCCGUCAUCACCAUGUGCCAGACCUUCUUGCCGCUUCUGAUCAAGGCCAAGGGUACCAUUGUGCAGAUUGGUUCCAUUGCUGGAAUCAUUCCCUACGUGUUUGGGUCGGUCUACAACGCCUCUAAGGCAGCGUUACACUCAUGGAGCGACACACUCCGAGUCGAGUUGGCCCCAUAUGGUGUCAAUGUGACCACCAUCGUCACCGGUGGCGUGCAGUCUCGCAUUGCCCGCACCGAGCGCACGCUCAAGCCGAACUCCCUGUAUACACCCAUUGAAGCGGAAUUUAAUCGCCGCGUAGUUCAUAGCCAACACAAUGCCAUGCCGAACCAGGCUUAUGCCCGCAGCGUGGUGAACCAGGUGCUGUAUGGGUCGGCGCCGUGGCGCUGGCUGUGGCCCUGGGCCCAGGGUCGUAAGACCUGGGUCUGGGAAGGUCACCGCAGCUGGGUGGUCUGGUUCCUGGUAGGUGGCUGGGCCUGGAAUGGACUUUUUGGCCGAGUUAUGACCAACAUGUUCAAGUUGUCCAAGAUCAAGGCGCCGCUGAAUAAAUAG